UGAAGCAUGUCGGCUUGAGCUGCGUACUGUCCCGUACGUUAACAGGUGAAUGGCAACCGGUCGAUUGCAUUUGUUUUCGCCACAGGUUUCUGUUUAUUGUUUGCUCAUUUUGUUUUUUAAUUAAAUGUAAGUGCAUAAACAUUGUUAAAAUGGCACAUUCAACGGGGACGCGUGUCAGCAUGUUCAACGAGUCGUUCCUCAACGACAACGAGCACGACUCGAAUGCGGUGCUCAUGGAACUGGACAAGGGACUCCGCAGCGCCAAGCAGGGCAUCCAAUGUGAGGCAAUUGUUCGAUUUCCGCGUCUCUUUGAGAAAUAUCCGUUUCCUAUACUGAUUAACUCAUCGUUCAUCAAACUGGCCGAGUUCUUUGUGAGCGGUUCGAAUCUGUUGCGUUUCUGGGUGUUGCGCGUUUGCCAGCAGAGCGAGAAUCAUCUCGAUAAGAUUCUCAAUAUUGACAACUUUGUGCGUCGCAUUUUUAUGGUGAUGCACUCGAAUGAUCCAGUGGCGCGUGCUCUGCUCUUGCGCACACUGGGCGCCGUGUCUCGAGUGAUACCAGAGAAGCCGCAAGUGCAUCAUGCGAUUCGUCGUGCACUGGAUAGCCACGAUACCGUCGAGGUGGAAGCGGCCAUCUAUGCGAGCAGCUGCUUUGCGGCCCAGUCGAGCUCAUUUGCAAUCAGCAUGUGUGCCAAGAUCUCCGACAUGAUUGAAUCACUGCAGGUACCGGUGCCGAUGAAACUGCUGCUGAUCCCAGUGCUGCGGCACAUGCAUCAUGAUGCCAAUACGGCGGCGCUGGUCAGCAAACUGUGCCUGGAGCUGCUGCCCAAAUAUCCGGCACAGAGUUUCGUGGUGGCCAUCAUCAAUACGCUGACACAGUUAUCCUCACGUACGCUCGUUGGGGUGCCUGGCCAGCUGAAUGUUCUGCUAGACUUUAUGCAGGAUCUGCGUAUGCCGGUUCGCAUCCAGGUGCUGCGCUCCUUCAACGAGCUCGCCGGCAAGCAGAGUGUCAACGCUUGGCCAAAGUCAGCAAUUGGCGCACUCAUCAGUAAAUUUAAUCUCUGCACAAAUGGCUCCGAGCAGUUCCUCUUCCUCUCCAUUCUACUCAAGCUCAGUGAGUGUCCACUCACCUGUCAGCAUCUGCUGUGCGAGCAUCGCGACGCCCUGCUCCGUCUGUGCAACGAGUGCAUCAGCAAAUUGGAUGACUACACGGCCGCCACGCAGGCCAUGGCUGUACUCGCCGCCCUUCUCUCCUUUGGGCUGCAGCGACAGUUUAGCCAGGUGGACGUCAUACUCGACAUGGUCAACUUGCACAUGGAGGGUCUGCUGCUCUGCACAGCACGUCGCGCGGAGUUCACCAAGGAUUUGCGUCGCCUCCUUGCCUAUGGCAUACGCAUAACGCAAGCGAAUGCAGAAUUUGGCGCCGAUUUCAUUGUGAUGGUCACCAAUACGCUGGGCGACAAUGUCAUCUAUCCGCCGGCGAAUUUGCAAGUCAUUUGCGAGGCAUCCGUUGGACUCUGCGAGCACUUUCAGCUGCGCAAAUAUGCCUUCUCCACGUCCGUGGGUCUGGAAGAUGAGGCGGCAAUGGAAACGGAUGAACCAGAGCCGGCAAAGCCCAAUCCGAUGAUGUCGCGACUGCCGCUCAUUCUGUACAAGCUGAACAAACUGGUGGACAGGGAGGAACAGCCGGAGCAGCUGCUGCGCACCGUGGAAAUACUCUGUGCCUUGGUCUGUCAGACGACAAUGGGUUGCUAUCUGCCACAGCCGGUGGUGCAGUGCUUUGAGAAGUGCAUCGAGCGUGUCAAUUGCUGGACUCUCUAUCGGAUUGCACGCACAGCCAGUCGCUACGGCCAUCACUAUGUGGCGGCGCACAUCUACACGAAGGUGUCGCAGAUUGUGAUUAGUGACCACAUGCACUACUUCCUUGUGGCACUCGCUCAGAUCUCGCAGGCGGAAUGCAUACUCAACUAUGGCUUGGAGUACACUUACAUGCGGGAUAAUUAUGCGCCUAGCGAGGCACCGGAGCCAUUGAUACCACUGAUGAGGCGGCUGGAGGCGGCCAGCAAUCUCUACCAGCAGGCGCUGGCCAGCAUGCGUGCCUGUUCCUCGCCCCAGCAUCCGUGCAGCUUUCAGCUGGAGUAUCUGAAGAUACGUGCACAAUUUCUGCAGACUCUUCAUCUCGCCGUGACGGUGAAGAAUGCCCAAGUGAUUGUGCCACCGCCGGCAAUUGCGGGCAGCUUGGCCCAGAAUUCGCGGGAUUAUCUGCAAAAGUUUGGCCACGUUACGAAUCAGCUGCGCAAACUGGUCAAGGCGCUAAAGGUAUGCGAGGAGACCUACGCACGCCUCUACAAAUCCUCCUUCGAUGCGGACAAUGUCACCCUGGAGUUUCUCGAAGUGGCUGAAUUUCAAUGCGCUCACUUUGCGCACAUUAUUGAAUCGAUUUGUUAUGCGACGCCGCCGGAGCCACCCAUAUUUCUGACCACCGGCAAUCAUCCGGAGACGCGCUAUUUUGCCGCCAGCUGCCAGCGCAUGGAGCAGAUGCAGAAAAAUCUACCGCAAGAGCCACCGAAUGCCAAAACGAUCAGCAAUCGCCAUUUGGAUGUGAUCUUUGCGUUGAUUGAGAUCAUAACAAAGACGCCACUCUGCCUGCCGCGCUACUUCUUCCAGAUACUGCAGUCCACCCAGAUCAAGCUGUCGGUCAGUCCACAGCCUCGCAGCGCCACAGAGCCUGUCAUUGUGCAGUCGGGCAGUAAUCUGGUGAUCAAGGUGGAGGGUGUACUCCAACACAUUAGCAAGCAGCAGAAACACUUUCGACGGGUGGAUUCUGUGCAACUGAGUCUCACGUCGCAACUGAUGACGCCGCGGCCAGUUAACGAGUUGGUGAAGCUGCCCAAUCCCGACACGGUGACCCUCAAUCAGAUUGUUAAGCCGCAACGGGAUUUCCUCUCGGGCAGCUUUUUGUUGCCCAUAUCGAGUGGUGGCCAAUUUCAGGUGACGCUGGAAACGUUCGUUGUUGACGAGCACGGAAUCACCUGGUGCACGGGUCCCACCAGCUCGAUGGUAGUACGCGUCCUAGAUGAUCCAACGAAACCAGCAGCGCCACCAGUCCCGAGUACUUCGCAGGCCGUCAGCCAAGCCAGGCGCUUCUAAGCAGACGAAGUUUGUCUAUAUAUUUUUAUAGGUAUAUUAAAUAAAGUCGAAUUUUGAAUGCUGAUUUGAAGUGCCCGGUUCAGCACACAGUCAA